GCAAAAUGGCAGUCAGUAUAAAUACAAAUGCCGCGGUGACGAGCAGAGUGGACAAUAAAGCGGAAAUAAUUAUUAUUCAUUUAUUAUUUUUGUUGCAAAGUUGCUUUUACCCCUUCUGUAGUAGUUUCCACGCUUCAAACGUUGAUGUCAGCUUUAGAUUUUCAACUUUGAAAGUUUUUAAAACUCAGGAUUUGUGUAUAUUUUGGAAAAAGUUUGAAGCUUGUGAAGAAAACCUAUUAAAUGUUUCUUCGCCAUAUUUGUCUACAUGGCACAGGAAAAUGAAAGGAUAUGAACAAUGAAAGACACUGAGAUUAAUUGAAAAUGACAACCAGAUUAGAUCGGUUGUUCCUACUUCUGGAUACUGGAUCAACACCUCUGAUAAGAAAAUCUGCCGCUGAACAACUUGGCCAGGUCCAGAAAUUACAUCCUUAUGAACUGAACAAUCUUUUAGCAAAGGUCCAUGGAUACUUAUGUAGCCAGAGUUGGGAAACCAGAAUUGCUGCAGGCCAGGCAGUUGAUGCAAUAUGUAGGAAUGUGCCAAAAUUUGAACCAAAAAUAUAUAUUAAGCAAGAGUCCUCCGAACCUGCCACUUCAGAAGUUACAGGGAAGUUGCUGUUUUCUCAGUUUGAUCUCAGGAAAGUUCUUGUUCAUGGAACAUCACUACUUAGCACUGAAGAAAAACAGUUUGAACUUGGAGAGGAAUUUUCUGGACUAGAUGAUAAAGAGAAAUUAAGUAGACAACGACAGAUGUUAAACAAGAAACUUGGUUUAGAUAUGGCGGGAAGCUUGAAAUUAGGGCUUGAUGGAGAUUUAUUCUCGGACGAGGAUCUUAAAUCUGGAUUAACCACAUCUUAUGACAAUACUAUUAAACAAGAAAAGACAUGUGUAUCAGAGAUAAUAAAACAACAAUUAAUGGAUGUGACCAGUGGAAUGAGUGCAAGAGAAAGGAACCGAGCCAAACGUAGAACUAAACUGUUAGCUAAACAGAGGUCAAGGGAUGUUCAAAGUGAACAGCUCUCAUUUGAUGCAGAACCUCCAUUAAAGAAGUCAAGGUCAUUGGCUGAAGGUGACACUAACAGUAAUGGUAAAUUAAAUGUUGAGAUUAAGGAAGAGAAACUCAUCAUAGAAAACAAUGCUGAUAAUACUCUUAAUAUGGAAGAGGUAGAAGAAUGGCCAUUUGAAUCCUUCAGUGAGAUGUUAAUGAAUGACCUCUUCCAUAGUUCAUGGGAAACCAGACAUGGUGCUGCUACUGGUCUAAGGGAGGUAAUAAAAUACCAUGGCAACACAGCAGGAAUGUCUAUUGAUACACCUCAGGAUCAACUUACAGGAAUAAACCAGUUCUGGCUUUCGGAUGUAUCACUCAGACUGUUAUGUGUCAUGGCUUUGGAUAGAUUUGGAGAUUUUGUGUCAGAUGAGGUAGUAGCUCCAGUACGGGAAUCCUGCGCUCAAUGUUUAGGUGUUCUAAUUAAAUUUUUAAAUGCUCCCGAGGUAGAAGGUGUUGUGAUGGUACUACUACAGCUGUUAAGUCAGAGUCAGUGGGAAGUCAGACAUGGUGGCCUUCUUGGAUUUAAAUACCUUUUGGCAGUUAGACAGGAUAUGACUGAGAUAUUACUGCCAGCCAUUUUGCCUUCUUUGUUCUGUGGCAUCCAGGAUAUAAGUGAUGAUGUCAGAGCUGUGGCAGCUGCUGCUUUAGUACCAGUGGCAAACAGUCUGAUUACUCUUAUGCCAUUACAGGUGCCAUUAAUAGUGUCAUGUUUGUGGGAGACAUUACUUGACCUGGAUGACCUCACAUCAUCAACCAAUAGUAUCAUGACUUUGUUAUCAACAAUGUUGUCACAUCCUCAAUCAUCUAUACUCAACUGGCUAACAACCCCACUUACAGAAUUGGUACCUAGAUUAUGGCCAUUUCUAAGACACAACAUAGCUUCUGUUAGAAAGUCAGCUUUAGAAACAUUUCAUACAUUAUUAACUGUUGAAACCCCACAGCAUCCAAUAUCAGCGUGGCUACCAUUUAUUUUAAGUGAUGCCCUUCGGCACAUUUAUCAGAGAAGCCUUCUUGAAGAGAAUUCAGAUGUUUUAUCUGUUGUAAUAAAAGUAUGGUCCAAGCUGCUACUGAAAGUCCCCCUGGAACAUUUGUUAUCACAGGCCACACCCUGGUUAGGAGUCUGGUUGUCACAGUGUAUGCAGCCUUCUAACAUCCCUUUUGAUCCAGUUUACAUGCUGUCUGCUAAACAUCGCGUUCGGCCUGAAGGAGCACGUAACCAGAUGUGUCAGAUCCCACAACAGUCCCCUAUAGCUAGAACAGACAUCAUCAAUAAAGAUUAUAUAGCUGGAAUGUUAACACUCAAUGCCUCAGUCCUAGAAAGAGAUACAGCUGUUCUGAAGGCCAGAAUGACAUCAGCUAAAUUACUGGGUAUGCUUUGUGAUUUUAUAACCAGAGAUGUACCAGACUUCCCUUCAGGACCAGAGAAACCUGUGGACUCUAUUGCCAAACUGUUUAUAUUUCAUCUGAAUAACAAGUCAGCAGUCCAAAGAUUUGUCAUAGGCCAGGUUACAUAUGAAUGGGCCAAUGCCAGUCAGAACUGUACCUGUCCUGAAAGUGUGACAUCCAAGUUAAUGGAAUGUUUAUGUGAAUCUUUGUAUUAUGAUGAGAUUGCAGUCUCUUUCACACACAUGCAGUCGGACUGUAAAGAUUUUAUAUCAGCUCUCAAACAACAAGGUGUAGAUUUAGAUGUGUAUUACCCGCCUGGUAACAUAUUAACAGUAGAACAGGCGACUGCCCUAACCACCUCAGUAUAUGAAGAGAUAAAGGCCAAUCUCCGUCCAAAGGUUCUUCAGACUUUUGAGGACAGAAGAAAACAGUUGCAGAAAAUGGUAGAGCAAACAACCAAAGAACUACAAACUCUUACCCUUAGGGUGCAGUGUUCAUUAUCCAAAGCAGUUGUAGAAUUGAACAAUUUACCAGAAAAAAUGAAUCCAGUUGUUAGGCCACUUAUGGAAUGUAUGAAAAAAGAAGAAAAUAUUGAUCUCCAGUUUGAGGCAGCUGAAAGUCUCUGUCAUUUGAUUAAGAAAUGUCUGUCACGAAAUCCCAAUCCCAGUGUCAAGGUGGUGAAGAAUCUACAUGGAUUCCUGUGCUGUGAUCCAACGUUCACACCUCUGGUAGAAAAUCCCCAGGCUGAUAUCUCAGAUGGAGUUGAAGUGAAAUGUACAAAAACCUCAGGAAUUCUAACAUUGACAAAACACCAAAAGGCAACUGAUGUUGGGAGGAGAUGGCUCAGGAAAACUCCAAGUGUUAAGUUAGAUCUUGGUGUGUCACCUGAAUUAGCUGAAGAUAAAGCUGAGGUGCAAAAACAGCAUCAAAUACAAAGAAGAGGAGGAGAUGUGGCUCUCAGUAAAAUGUGUCGACUCUUUGGAAACAAUCUGGGAGCUGAGUUACCUACCCUGUGGGAAGCUAUUACUAGUCCAUUAGAAAAGUUAGGAAAAGAUAUUACAGAAGAGAUUCCAACUGAUAUUGCUCAGGAGACAGUUAAUUCAUUACAGUUGAUAGAAGCUGUAGGAUCCUCAUUAGACUCAUCACUCAUAGAACAGAUAAAACAGAAACUUUCCUCCAUUUUGAAUGGAUUAAAGAAUUCAUACACAGCAAUCAGACACAUGUCUGCACGAAGUGUGGGCAUGAUGGCCCAGAUAUUAACCUCACAUACCUUAUCAUUUAUCAUGGAUAAAAUCCUGCCAUUAAUGGGAGACAUGGAACAUGAAAAACAUAGACAAGGAGCUUGUGAAGCUUUAGCCUGUGUUAUAGAUGUGAUGGGCAUGGAUCUCUUGCCAUAUAUAGUAUUACUGGUUGUCCCCAUUCUAGGGAGAAUGAGUGACCAGAAUGAGGCUGUCAGACUCAUGGCAACACACUGUUUUGCCACACUCAUUCGACUAAUGCCACUCGAGGCAGGGGUACCAGACCCACCUGAGAUGGAGGCUAGGCUGACAGCAGAGAAAGAAAAGCAACGUCUAUUUUUAGAACAGUUAAUGGAUAGCUCAAAGUUAGAGAGUUACAAAGUGUCUAUACCAGUAGAUGCAGAACUCAGAAAAUAUCAACAGGAUGGUGUUAACUGGUUAGCGUUUCUGAACAAGUAUUGUUUACAUGGUAUACUGUGUGAUGAUAUGGGAUUAGGGAAGACCUUACAGUCUAUCUGUAUCUUAGCUAGUGAUCAUUUUCUGAGAGAUCAAAAGUACCAGACAACCAAAGGUCCUGAUUGUGUACCCAUGCCAUCUAUAGUUGUGUGUCCACCGACACUGAUUGGUCACUGGGUAUAUGAAGUUAAUAAGUUUGUGGAUGUGAAAUAUCUGAAUCCUCUGAUGUAUGCUGGACCCCCAGGGGAGAGAACUAGAUUACAAAAGAAAGUCAAGAAGCACAACUUGAUAGUGGCAUCAUAUGAUGUUGUAAGAAAUGACAUUGAUUUCUUUGGGUCAAUAAAUUGGAAUUAUUGUGUACUGGAUGAGGGACAUGUUAUUAAAAAUGGUAAAACAAAGUUAUCGAAAGCUGUAAAACAGCUGAACUGUAACCACAGACUGAUAUUGUCAGGGACCCCCAUCCAGAACAAUGUGUUAGACCUGUGGUCCCUGUUUGAUUUCCUAAUGCCUGGAUUCUUGGGUACAGAGAAACAGUUCCAGGCCAGAUAUGGUAAACCCAUUCUACAAAGUAGGGAUGCCAAGAGCACGUCUAAGGAACAAGAAGCAGGAGCUUUAGCUAUGGAAUCUCUACACAGACAAGUUCUACCAUUCAUCUUAAGAAGAUUAAAGGAAGAUGUAUUACAAGACUUGCCACCUAAAAUUAUACAGGACUAUUACUGUGAUCUCAGUCCAUUACAGGUUCAAUUGUAUGAAGAUUUUGCCAAGUCAAGGGCAAAGCAAGGUUUGGAUGAUGCUGUCACUCAGCUAGGAGGAGAGGAAGAUUCACAGAAACAGAAUCCAUCAAUUGGUCAUGUGUUCCAGGCAUUGCAGUACCUGAAGAAAGUUUGUAAUCACCCGUCUCUGGUACUGACGCCAAACCAUCCUAAAUAUAAAGAGAUUACUGUCCAGCUCAAACAACAGAAUUCCAAUCUACGAGAUCUCCAACAUACCCCUAAACUAAUGGCCCUCAAACAAUUAUUAAAUGAUUGUGGUAUAGGAGUAUCCAGUUUUAGUGGUACCAGUGGUCAGGCAGCUAUGAGUGAAGGUCCAGUUGUUGGUCAGCACAGGGUCUUGCUCUUCUGUCAGCUCAAAAGUAUGCUGGAAAUCGUAGAAAAUGAUCUGCUCAAAACUCACAUGCCAAGUGUUACUUACCUCAGGUUAGAUGGAAGUGUACCUGCCAAUAACAGACAUAAUAUUGUUAACAGGUUCAACAAUGAUCCAUCUAUUGAUAUUUUAUUAUUGACUACUCAUGUUGGAGGACUUGGAUUAAAUCUGACUGGCGCUGAUACUGUCAUCUUUGUGGAACAUGAUUGGAAUCCAAUGAAAGAUUUACAGGCCAUGGACAGAGCACACAGAAUUGGUCAGAAGAAAGUUGUCAAUGUAUACAGGCUGAUUACAAGAGGAACUCUUGAGGAAAAGAUUAUGGGUCUCCAAAAGUUCAAAAUGACAAUUGCUAACACAGUUAUCAGCCAAGAAAAUGCCAGCUUACAAAGCAUGGGAACUGACCAGUUGUUAGACCUGUUUUCAUUGGAUGAGAAAAACAAAGGAGAAAAGAUUGCAGGCUCAUCACAGGGAGACAAAUGGAAUAAGAAGGAAAGCAUGCAAACUGUUAUUGAAAGUCUAGGAGAGCUAUGGGAUGAAUCACAAUAUGAAAAGGAAUACAGUCUUGACAAUUUUAUGGAAUCUCUGAAAUAAAGCAUUGUAUGUUGGGUUUAAACUUAUAUCUAAAAUUCAAGCCUCAAGAGGUGAGGAAUUGAAAAAUAGCAAGCUGUCCUGGCUUAAACUACUCGCAACCAGCUGGAAUUUAUUUUUGGACUUUAAUUAUGGUUUGUUGAUGUAGUGUUUCCUUUGGGAUGAAAUAUUUGUCACUGUAAGCAAAACCAACAAUCAAUGUGUAAUGUUUCCUCUUCUCUGUUUUGAAACUUUUGAAUUAAAAAACUUCAACAAAGGUCAACAUUGAAGGGUUAUUUAAUUGCUCAGUUGUACCCAAUAGCA